AUGAGUGAAUCAGAAGAUGAAGAUUUGAAGAAUCCAGAAUAUCAAAGAUUUACAUGGUUGAAUGGACUAGAACAAGAUCCGGAAUUCUAUCGCCAAUUGGAACCAGAACUAUGGAAACAACUUGAAAAACUCGAAGGUGAAGAAGAAACACAACAAGAAACGAAGAAAGAUUGGCGAGAAGAAUGUAUAAAAUUACUUCUACCUGUCGAUGAAUAUGAAGAGAAUUAUAUUGAAAAUGUACCAGAAAAUACUCCGGUGAAAGACAUGGAUUUUGCAAAAGCAUUCGACCCACCAUAUACAUCGACACAGCAGCUGGAACAUUUGGAACGAAAUCAAGCACAUAAAUUAACAACACAACCAAAACAUCAGAAAGCUUUCGACUGUAUCAAAUUAAAUGACUCUGAUAUCAAGUUCCAUGAAUCAAAACCAUAG